UUUCCCAGCAGCCCUCACAUGCACAGGCACACGAAAGCGUUGUUGCGCAUGCGCAGUGCAGUCACCAGCAGGGGGAGUCCGUCAGCACUUCCUCUAGCAGCCCGUGCUGUGUAGAUGCAGAGACCCCGCAGUUUAAGCAGCUAAUGGAGGCGGCGGCCGGUGUCGUCGUGUGAGGGAUUCCGCUUCGUCAGACUGCUGAGCGCCUCCGCGCUAGUCAGGUCCGGCGCCUGGAAUUGCAUGCUCUGGGCGUCGGGCGAUAGGAAUUCCACAUCACUGAGUUAUGUUGUACAACACCCUUUGUGCGAAGUGUUAACUCUUAAGAGAAAAGCUUACAUGCCAUUACUGUGAUCUUCAGGAUGGAUCAAGGCUAAUGUCUCUAUGAAGUCCAGAGUUGCAGUGUGGCAGCAAAAGUAUCACCUGCAAUGGAGGAAGUGACAAGUUCUCUGUCUUCAGGGACUUUUGAAACUGAACUCAACCUUGAAAUCAUGGAGAGCAGUUCUCCUGCCUCCUUUUCUGAUGACAAGGAACAGAUUAGUGAAGAUGUGCUCAGAUCUGUGAACCCAACAAGCAAAGAGUUCAAGAAAACUUGGGGAUUUCGUAAAACAACAAUUGCCAAACGUGAAAUAAUCAGUGACACAGAUAUGGAGACUUCUGACUCCACUCGGCAACAAACUCCUUCUCUGCGACGCAGUGGGCGCCAACCAAAGCCUACAGAGAGGGUGGAAGAGUUCCUUACAACGGUCCGAAGAAAUAGAGGGAGGAAAAUCAACAAUGUGGAAGAGUCUGGUGAGAGGUCGUGUCCAAUAACUGAUGCUGAAACUACAUCAGAGGGGAGUAUAGAGAGCACUCCUGAAAUAAAGCACGAUUCCAAGGUGAAAGUAGUAUCUUCUAAGGUUCAGGUUAAAGAGGAGGAUGACAGUUCUGAUGACAGUGAUGGAAUAACUCUUAAAGAGCUUCAGAACAAAUUAAGAAGCCAACGUAUUAACAACUCUGAGGCUGAAACUGUUAAUGUGCAUGCCAUGAGCACUGCAAAUACAAACACUUCGGAGUCCACUGUCCGCACUAGAAGUGCAAACCGUGCUGCCCUGCUUCAGCAGCACACUCAGGCAACCCCCAUAAAACAGGAACCCCAUUGCCCAGACAACCUACAAGAUCAGAAACUGGAAAAAAGUGUUUCGCCCAAGAAAAGACCUGAAGCCGAGAUCUAUGACCCAAAUGCGCUAUACUGUAUAUGCCGUCAACCGCACAACAACAGAUUCAUGAUUUGCUGUGACAGAUGUGAAGAGUGGUUUCACGGAGAUUGCGUUGGAAUCUCUGAAGGCCGUGGUCGACUUCUGGAGAAGGAUGGGGAGGAUUAUAUUUGUCCCAACUGCACCAUUUUGCAGGAAGAAAAUGCAACAGAUAAUGAGCAUAAAGAUACAGCUACUCAAAAAGCUUCUGAAGUUACUAGUGUGGGGACUAUGGAUCACUGUGCACCCAGUCAAGGUAUCAAAGGCAGAAUUGAGAAGGCUGCAAACCCCAGUGGAAAAAAGAAGUUGAAGAUUUUUCAUCCUGUGGUGGUUCCAGAGUCUGUUGUGCAACCUCAAGAAGUGUCUGAAACUGCAAAAAUUUCCCAUGAAGCUACUUCUAGUACAGAGAUGUUGGACUCUCCAGAUGUAGCCAGGUGCAUUGGCCCAGGUUGUGCAAGCAAUGCCCUUCCUGACUCUGUGUAUUGCAGUCAUGAUUGUAUAUUGAAGCACGCUGCAGCCACAAUGAAAUCCCUCAGCUCAGGUAAAGAAGGCAAGCCUAAGGAGAAGGUGAAGGUAAAAUCAGAGAAGAAGCAGACAGUCAAGACCCAGACUACUCCUUCAAACCCUCCAGUUAUACAGAAAUCUGCAGCUCCUGAGAAGACAGAUGCUGUAAUGAAGAAAGUCCUAGUGAUGAUACCAAGAAUAGAAGCUGAAGUUAGCAACGAGUUGAAAAUGGAAACGGGUAGCACACCUUCCUGGGAGAGCGACCAUAAUUAUAUUGCAGUAAAGCCAGAAAAGACUGCUGCCAUUUCAUCUACACAAUUUUACAAAUCGGAAGAAAAAGUUGAAGAACCAGCAAAGAAAGUGGAGACUCCAGCACCACCUGCUAGAAAGCCACCUCUUUCCCCUACAUCCUUGGCAAUGAAGCCGAUCUCUGCUCUACCAAGAAUUCCAAUGUUAAAGAAGAUUUCACCACCUUUGGCUCCCAUUAAACAGGCACCAGCUGUAACCAAGAGCAAGACCUUAAUAUCUAUCAAACCCAAACCUAGUUUUAGUCCCAGUUUUUCUGCGAUUAGUAAAUUACCACCAAUCCCCAAGAAGACUCAGCCAUCCUCCUCAGAAGCCACUGUGAAGAAAACCACUUCCAACACUCUACCCAAAAAACCAUCUGCUGCUUCCUUCAAUGCAACUGCCACCUCCAUUCCCAAUGCAAACUCAGCACCAGCAUCAAAUGUAUCCACCAAGCCAACAUCAAACGUCUCAAAACAGGGUCCUAAUGUUCAGAUGCGGCAGAACAUUCGGAGAUCGCUGAGGGAUAUUCUCUGUAAAAGGAUGAAUGAUAGCGAUGACUUGGUGAUGUCAGAGAACGAAGUCUCAAGGAUUGCCGUAGACAUUGAAAAAGAAAUAUUUAAUCUUUUUAAGGAUACGGAUAACCGCUACAAGAGCAAGUACCGAAAUCUGAUGUUCAGCCUGAAAGAUCCAAAAAAUCAGGGACUGUUCCAACGAGUCCUGCGUGAACAAAUUCCAUUGACUAAAUUGGUGCGUCUGAAGCCUGAAGACCUUGUAUCAAAGAAAAUAUCCUCCUGGAAAGAAACUGGGUCUAAAUCUAAUGUGGUUUUGAAGCUCAAGUCUCGAGGGGAAAACAAACUUUCUCCCAGGAAUACAGUCGACAUGGAAGAAUCCCCUCCUAUGUCAGAUACUGAUACGGAGCAGCAAGAAUUAACUCGGGGUCCGGAGAAGAGUACCUCUGUUCUACCCGAUGUAUUUACCAGUAUGCUCAAUGACACCACAAGCCAGCACCGUGCCCAUCUUUUUGAUCUGAACUGUAAAAUAUGUACAGGUCAGAUGUCAGCUGAUGAUGAGCCCUCAAACAGGCGUCCAAAAACCACUUCCUCAACUGUUGUUAAGAAGGCUGAAUUGAAUACAGUACCAGAGAUUGUAGAUGAGCCACCUCCACCCCCUGAUGAAGAACCUGAAACACCUAUGGAUAUUACUGAAGAUGAUAAUGUUCCUGAAACAAACACAGACAAAAUGCCUGUACCCAUUCCUUCCCCCACAUGCCCUGAGCCAGUUUUACCUAAUCCACAGCCCCCCUUCAUCCCUGUCACCACCACAGUCACUGUAUCAGGUAGAGAUCCCCGAAGAGCAAUCAACCGGCCCCCUCCAUCUGCAAUGUCUGCUGCUCCAAAUGAGAGCCCUAAACCUAAUCGAGAUGAGGAACCUCCAGCGCAGCUUCCGCCACCUACCGUCGUCACCACCCCAAAGUCUAUUUUGAUGAAGCCAACAACUUCCGACAUUCGAUAUUUAACAUCACCAAAUGUCAAUUUACCGGAUAUCCGGUCACCUCAAGACGGAGACACGUCUCUUUUCCUCUCACGCCUGAGUCCAAUAUGGAAGGGGUUCAUAAACAUGCAAUCUGUGGCCAAGUUUGUCACAAAGGCAUACCCAGUCUCUGGCUCUAUUGAAUAUCUAAAUGAGGACUUGCCAGACACAAUCCAUAUUGGUGGUAGAAUCUCUCCAAAGACUGUAUGGGAUUAUGUGGGAAAACUUAAGUCAUCUUUGUCAAAGGAACUGUCCUUGAUCCGUUUUCACCCCGCCACAGAAGAGGAAGAGGUGGCAUACAUCUCCCUCUACUCAUACUUCAGCAGCCGUGGUCGUUUUGGGGUCGUCGCCAACAAUAACAGACACAUCAAGGAUCUUUAUCUCAUCCCACUAAGUGCAAAGGACCCAAUUCCAUCAAAACUCUUGCCCUUUGAGGGACCAGGUCUUGAAUCAUCACGUCCAAACUUAAUUCUGGGAUUGGUCAUUUGUCAGAGAAACAAGCGGCCAGCCCCAUCGGAACCUGAUAAAGUGGAAGAAAAGCGAAUUAAAGCUCCGACCCAAGAAGAGAUGGAUAUCUUAAAUUUUUCAAAAACGCCUGUCCCAUCUCAGGUUGAAAAGAAACCCCACAAAUACCAGCCAUACUCAAGUGAUGUCGUUCAAAGUACCACACCACCAGGAUCUCCCCCUCCUGUUGCAGAAUAUGUUGCUAAGGUGGCAACUUCCUCUCUUCCUUUACUAAGUUCAAAGGUUGAAACCAUAGCUGCAGCAAACACCGGCCGCAACUCUCCACCAGCAGCUGAACAAUCUACAUCAACAUCUAAGACUGCCACUCCCCUAGAGCACAUUCUGAAGACACUUUUUGGAAAAGCAUCUGAUAAGAAAGUGGAAACCUCAAGUUCUACUGCUGUUACUUCCAUCACCACCACUACUGUAGAACCUGUGGUGGAGAAGGGGUUUGUGGAUCCCAUUGUGCAGCAGUUUGGUCAGUUGACAAAGGAAAAAGCUUUAGAAGAGGAGGAUAAUGAAAGGCCAUAUGAUCCAGAAGAAGAGUAUGAUCCAGAAAAAGCAUUUGAUACUUCAGUAGUUGAUGAAAAUAAUGAAAUGCCCUACGAACCAGAGCAGCCUUGUGAAAACUUGUAUGAUGAUGAGGCCUAUGACCCAGAGGAUGAAACAAUCUUAGAAGAAGCUAAAGUUCCAGUAGACGAUUUGCCCAAUAGUAUGAAUGUUGCAAGUAAACUCAAGCCUGGGGAAGUAGAUGCAGAGUUUUUAAGCAAUGUUCCUGAUUCUUCCACACUGUUUGAACAACAACAAAUGUUGGAGGAACUUAACAAACAGAUAGAGGAGCAAAAAAGACAACUUGAAGAACAGGAAGAAGCUCUUAGGCAGCAAAGAGCAGCUGUCGGGGUGUCUAUGGCUCAUUUUUCAGUCUCUGAUGCAUUGAUGUCACCUCCUCCAAAAUCUUCUAUAGCAAAGAAUGAAUUUUUCCAGCGGGAGCCAAGUACAAUUAAGCCUACCAUGACUGGGCCUCCAGAACAGCUUCUUAGUACUAUCAGAGAUCCUAGGCAAGCCAGGGAUCCUCGACAAGCAUCAGCAAAAAAAAUGCAUUCAGAAACUGGAGAUGUUAUCAGCAAACACCUGUCAUGUGAGAGAGAACUUGAACCUUUAUCUGAACACAAUAUGUCUAUCCCUGUAGUAAACUCGUUUUCCAACUUGAAGGAAGAGGUAAAGCCUUUACUUAGUGUGGAUAUCACUAUGCAGACCAAUGAAAUAAUCCCUGAUAAAGUUGAGAAAGACCUGGAGCGAGAGGAUGAACCUUGGAAUACUGUAAAGGAUGCAGAUACUAUGCCUGAAAGUUCACUAGUUAUACCUAAACCCCCACGCAAAGUUCUUUUACCAACACCUGAAGGCAUUCCACCACUACUUCAGACCGCCCCAUUUACGAGAAGUUGUCCUUCAGCACAGGAGCCAACAUGGGCUAUAAAGUCCCAGAAUUUUGACAGCCAUAUUCAUUCUCAAGGAAAUUUGCCUGAUAACUUUGAUCCUCCAAGGGAAAUAAUGUUUGCACAGAAUAAUAGCCAACCAGCCUCUUUUCGAGAGGAGGGGGAUAAUAGGCAUCUUGUUGUGAACAAUUCAUUAUUGGGGACACUACAACAUGAUAUCCCAUCACAGUUUGGUGAACAAAGACCACUGUCUUUGUCCAAUGCAGGAUUAAGACCACCCCCCAUGUUUUCUGAUGACAACUUUCCAGCUAAUUUAGAAAGAUAUGGUGGCCUUCAGACUGAAAAAAACCUUGAGCAAAAAGGACUUGGGUCUGUUAUGCCUGAACACUUUGGUCAUCAACCUUCUCAUUUAUUUAGAGACAGAAUACCUCAUAAUACUUUUCCCAUUCAAAAGGGUCAUUCCCCUCCUAGUUUUGACAGACCAAACAGUCCACAUUUAGAAUUAGAAGAUUCUCGUUUUGGUGGUACAGGUGAUGCACCUCUAAGGUUUGAUAAUCCAGCUACAUAUGAUGGGCCUCUAAGAUUUGAUGGCCCUAGAGCACCUGUACCAGCGCCAUUUACAGAAGGACUAUUGCAACCUUUUGAUGGUCCACCUAGAAGUGCACAGAUUCAGUCAACAUUUGGAGGGCCUAGAGGAGGCCCUACAUCCUCACAGUUUCCUCCACGAGGACAGUAUCCAAAUGAAUUUGAAGAGUUACGGGGCUCUGGUAACUAUCCUGGACCUAGGGUCCCUUCACCUCAUCUGUUGGACAACCCCAAUAACAACUCCCCAACAUUAUUUCCUAAUCAGAGAGUUUCUGUUUCUGGCCCAUAUAGUGGACAGCGGGGUCCAGCAGUUACUAGAUUUUCAGAGCAGCCUCAACAAAUGAGACCUCGUCCUCUGCUUGAGCUUCCAACUCUAAUGCCUCCAUCCAGAAGUGAAAACUGGACCAAGCCAGGCCCAGAUUCCCAUCAGGAUUUUACAGAACAUAGGCAAGAUCCAGAUCACUGGACAUCUAACCACUUCAGACACAAUAAAGACACACGUAGUCAAGGUUUUGAGGGAAGACCUCGAAAUUUGGAGGGACCUAAUGAACCAGAACAAUCAGAACAUGCAUCAAGUCAAGGGUUUGAUGAGCGACGAAGAGAAAAUGAUGUACAACGGGACAGAGACCGUGGUAGAAACUGGAAUAGAGAGAGAAAUUUUGAAAGAAAUAGAGAUUUUGAUCAGCCACGAGCAAGAGAGUCAGAUCGAGACUGGGACAGAAACAGAGAUGGAGACAAAGACUUAGAAAAGAGGGAAUGGGACAGAAACAGGGAAAGAGACCGAAACAGAGACCGGGACAGAGGAAGAGAUAGGGUCAGAGAGCGUGAGCGAGACAGAGAGCGAGAUAGAGAUCGAGAUAGAGACAGUGAUAGAGAUAAAGACAGAGAGAGGGAACGGGAGAGGGACAGAGAUCGGGACAGAGAAAGGCAUAGAGACCGUGACAGAGACUUGUAUAGACGAAGAGAUCGUUCCAGGAGUAGGGACAGGAAUAGGUCUCGAAGUAGGGAUCGUGAUAGAGACAGGGACAGAGACCGCGAAAGAGAAAGAGAUCGUGACCGAACAAGAGAGCGAGAUAGAGGACGAGAUCGUACAGUCCGCAGCAAAAGCAACGAGAACAACAAAGACUCUAAAUCUGAGAGGUCAAAAGACUCUUCCAAAAGCACGACAAAUGAGCCAGCGCCUUCAAGUCACACGUGAUGGACUUUUUUUUUUUUUAAAGGGUGAAAAACAAGACUCUUAUGUACAUAUGUAUAUACAUAGAAUUUUAUAUAUAUAUAAAUCCAUAGAACACCCCAAGCAAGAGGGGUGCAAGCUUUUGUGGCUAUAGCUCCUGGAAAAGCCACAUGAUGUCCCUCCUAUCACUAUCUCACCCAGACGUUACACCUUUUUUAUGUGUUCCUCUACUUUUACCCACUUGUUCUGGAAAAUUUGGGUAGUACCUUUCUACUUCCGUUUUUCAGCAGUUUGAUAACACUGUUUUUUGUUAUUUUAAGAAUUUUGUGGCUUGAAGUAACGGAGCCCUGCACUGAAUAUGUGUGUGCAAACCAAUAGUUAACUGUAAAUAAUUACAAAUGAGGUUUAUAGAAUCCUGAAAGAAAACAUCAGGAGAAUUUCUUUGUUGAUACACAAUGGAUUAAUUUGUAAACAAAAAAAAAACUACCACCAAGCUCAGAUAAUUUAAUUCAGAGAUUUGCGCUAUUAAAUACGUGACGGUUCUUUCAUUCUACUCGUAAUGCUGCUAUUUAGAGGAUAAAUUGACUGAUGGGCAAUACCUUUUUUUUUUCCCCCAAAUAGUCAACAAUAGUCCUGGUGGCCAUUUUUCCCCAAUUGCCCAGUUAUUUAGACAGCUUAUAAAAAUAUUACCUUGGAAAGUGGGCAAAGAUAUGCCGAUUUAGAAGGGGUUGUCCAGCAUAUGUCAGUGUUGUGUUGCAUCUCUGCCUUAUUGUAGUAAAUGGGGCUGUGCUGCAAUACUAAUACACUGUUUGUGUACUGUAUGGUGUGGUUUUUGGAAUACAGCAGCCAUUUUUCUUUCAAUCCUGGAUUUUACUCCUAGAUUCCCCUGCACUCUAUUCCCAUACAUGACAUACAGUACAGUCAUGUACCUAUCCCAGAAAGGUAUUCUACUGCGUAUUUAUUGUAUAGACAUUUUGAGUUAAUGAAUGUGGGGAACGUAAUGAGUGCCUGUGUCUGUGUACAUUAGUGUUUUAUAUGGGAGACUAUCACUGUACAUUACAAAUGUAAAUGUUAAUUUUUGUAAGUAGAAUAAAUAUCUACAAUGGUUAAUUUUCACUAAUGGUUUGUACCUUUUCUG